AUGGCAGCAGCUGCUGCUGUUGCAGCUGCCCACCGAACAGCAGGGACAGCGUCGGUGAGGACAGCAGCUGCAGCGGCGACGUUGGUGGCGGCGGCAGCUGCUGCUGUUGCUGCAGCGUCCCGGCGGGGAAGAAGGCGGCAGACUCCGCGAUGGGGCCCGCGAGGGGCUGGGACGGCCACGGGAACAAGGGCGGCGGCAGCGCCGGCUGCUGCAGCGAGGCCACGGCCGCGGCGAGGGCCCGCGAGGGGCUGGGACAGCCACGGUAACCAGGGCGGAGUGGUGGCGGCGACCGCGGUGGAGAUCGCCAGAUGCGGCGGCUGCCACGGUAGGAGCAUCGGCCCGGUGGUGGCGGCUGGUGGCGCGGCCGGCGGCGGCCCGUAG